AUGGUUUAAUGUUUGAACAUAUUGAGCUGUAUUUUGUUGGAAAUAAUACAUUAUGGCUAAAUAUUUAAAUAAAUGCUUCCUGAUUCGUAGAUACAUUUUUUAUAAAUUUCCCUCGUUUUACUUUGAUAAGUUAUCGGCGUCCCAGUCAUGAGUACAUGUUUUAUUAUAUUUUGUUCGGUUUUUGUUUUCGUGUCCCUGGCACCAAAUAAAGAAAACCAACCCAAUGUUUCAAGAGAUGGAAUAGGAGACUUAUUUAACCCCCCUAACAUAAUUGAAAACGUAGCGAAUCAAAUUCCAGGUAAUUCACCAAUUCAAGGCAUCGGGGAUAUAUUUAAUCAAACUAACAGUAAAAAUUCAAGUUUUUUGGACAAGGUGAAAUUGUUCCUUGUGACAGUACAAGGAGUUGUAAUGCCCGCGAGUACUAUAACUAGCGGAUUUUCCAAUUUGGUGCAAGGUUUGGGAAAUGUAGGAAAUAUUUUCCAAAAUUUUGGACAAAAUCUAAAUAUAACAAUGAUACCACAAACAUAA